AUAUUACAGUGAUUUCACCAUUCAUCUUUCCAGCAGGAAGCCAAAACCAUAUUUAUUUUUUGGAUAAGAAUGGUGACAUCCUGUUAAAAGGUCCGGAUGGUUUUGGAAAUGGCCCUGUUGAAUGGAAAUGGGAGCCACACUCAGAGCAAGAAAUUCAGCUGCUGGGGUCUUUUGACAAAGGGAGUUGGUCCUGGUGGAACACCCAGUGGAAUGAUAACUUGUAUCAGAAGAUUGAAAGGACUCCGAAUGCCAUUGACCUGAGAAUUCGAAAUCCUUCAUUCCAACUUGCAGGAUUGUUUACCUUGACUCAAACUCAGCCCAGAAAAAAAAUUCUAAAGCAGUAUGAAAUCUUUGGGGUCAAAGUUGAGGCGAGUCCACAGCGGGCUGUGGAGGGCAGUGACGUCACCCUCAGCUGUACCAUCUCCAGACUCCCGGAUACCGUCAGUCUCCACUGGAAACCAGUGGGCUCAUCCCAGCAGAACAGGAGAAACACUGAUCAGAUCCAGCUGAAUAACACCGUCUAUCUGAUGGUCCGACACGUUACAGUGGAGGAUGGGAAGUUGUAUCAGUGUGAAGUGCGGGAAAAUGGAACCAUCAUUCACUCAGGAGAAGCACAUUUUUCUGUCUCUGAGGCUUUAUAUAAAAAGAGCUACAAACUUUAUCGCUCAGGCUCCGAUCACAGUGAAUUGGAUUUGAUCUGUCAUUCUGUUACCUAUUACUCCAAAGCUGUGUGGACAUGGAGGACAGUUCCUCAAAGCUGGGGGAGAGAAAUAGCCUCAGUAUCGAGAUAUCAACAUGUCAACAUGGACAGGACAUCUUUUGGGAAUCGGCUGGUCCCCAAAGUGGCAGGUUAUAAUGGUUAUAAGUUCAGUGUGAGGAUUAUCCCUGUACUGUUCGAAGAUGCGGGGCUUUACACGUGUUUUCUGGAGUUAAAUAGAUUUGUGACCAUUGAACUAAUCACAGUUAAAGUCACAGCUGAACUGUCUGAUACAGUGACUGAGGGAGACACCGUUACCCUGAACUGCUCUGUGUCUGACGCCACUGCAUCAACGAGACUGGUUUGGAUCAAUGGAGACGGUGAGACUGUUGGAGAAAAAACACUGAGUGGGGAAGAGAAUUCACUAAGUCUGAUCAUACAUGAAGCUGAGAGAGGCAGAGGGAAAUGGACGUGUGGUGUGUUUAGUGGAAGCCAGCUCACACUUCUUGUCACAUAUUACGUGAAAUGCAAUGGAAGCCUGAAUUCUAUUUACUUUUUCCAUGAGGAAGGAAACUUUGUAUUGAAAGGGCCAGACAAUCCUGGAAGUGACUCUGUUGAAUUGGAGUGGAGUCCACACACAGGGCAACAAACCACAAAGCGAUUGGCCACUUUUCACAGAGAAGGUCAGCGGUGGACCGUACAAUGGAGUGAUGAGUUCAGUAAAAUACCAGACAUUUCCCAGAGGUUACAUGUGGACUGGGGAACCCUUAAUCUGAGAAUCAGGAAACCCACCUUUCAACUUGCUGGACUGUUCACCUGGAAUCAGACACAGAUCGGUGGGAACACCCUGAGUGAAUGGGAAGUAUUUGGGAUCAAAGUUAAGGCCGACUCACAGAGACCUGUAAUGGGCAGUGACGUCACCCUCAGCUGUACCAUCUCCAGACUCCCAGAUACCGUCAGUCUCCACUGGAAACCAAGAGGCUCAUGUCAGAGGAGCAACAACACGGAUCAGAUCCGCCUGAAUAACACCGUCUAUCUGAUGGUCCGACAGGUUGGAACAAGAGAUCCCGGUCUGUACACAUGGGAAGUGCAGGAAAAUGGCUCCAUUGUUCUCACUGGAGACACCAAUGUUGGAGUGGAUGAGGAUUUACACAAUAAGAUAUCCACAGUUUAUCGGUCAGACACAGAGCACAGUGAACUUGACCUGAUCUGUGAAGCUUCUGCUAAGUUCAAUAAAACCAAAUGGACUUGGAAGUCGCAACUUUUUCAACAUCAGCAAGCUGAAAUAGCUUCUACUCACAGCUCAGAGUCAAUUGAUGUUGACAGGAGCUACUUUGGGAAUCGACUGAGAACCACAGUAGGAAAUCUUAAAGGCAAGAAUUUCAGCAUGAGGAUUGCCCCUGUGCAGUUUGGAGAUGCUGGAGUUUACACAUGUUCUACAGGAUUACAUAAACAUGUGACCAUUGAACUAAUCGCAGUCAAAGUCACAGCUGAACCAUCUGAUGAAGAUUCUGGGGGAGACAACGUUACCCUGAACUGCUCUGUGUCUGACGUCACUGCAUCAACGAGACUGGUUUGGAUCAAUGGAGAUGACAAAACCAUACAAGUGGAAACUCUGAACGACCACGGCCAGGAAGGGAAAUCUUCUCAGCAGAUUAUUCCAAAAAUUGAUGCUGACAAGACAAAAUGGAUGUGUGCUGUUUUUCAUCAAAACAUACUCAAGAUUUUAAUUCCAUAUCGGAAGAACAUGUGUCCGCCUUUGAACAUUUUGAUCAUCAUAGUUUCUGGCUACUUGUUGGUUAAGCUGGUCAUUGCCCUUGGAUUAAUUUGCUGCCUGACAAGAUGCACCCUGAGUUUGGGAGAUAACUGGUCCUGACAUAAGAAAAUGGAAGAGAACAAAGUUGAAGACAUUGUAAGCAGAUGCAGACAGAAGCAACCUGUGAGACACCAGAUCAAGCCUUUGAUGAACAUUUUUUUUAUAAGAAAUUUAUAUAUAUAUAUAAAAAAGUCAACUCCCUACCAACCACCAAAGAAAAAAGCUGAAGGAUGACAAUGGAUAAUUAGAAAAAAAACAUAUUCACUUAAGAAGAGAAGAUAAAAAUAUACAUAAAUGUCUGUGCACUGUUAAACUUUAUAAAUUGGAAAAAUAAUUUAGGAAAGGUCCCCAAAUAUCAUAAAAAGAUUGUUUUGAAUUUAAGACUGAGCAGUGGAUCUUUUCUAAAUUUAAAUAUGACAUAAUAUCACAUAGCCAUUGAAGAUGUGUAGGAGGGGUAGACUCCUUCCAUUUAAUCAGGAUUGCUCUUCUUUCUAAAAGAGAGGUAAAAGCUAAAACCUGUCGGUUAGGAGUAUUUAAAGUUAUAUUUUCAUUUGCAAUAAUACCAAACAAGGCAGUAAGGGGAUUUGGGUCAAAUUGGACCCUAAAAAGUUGUGAAAAGGUAAGGAAUACUUCCCGCGAAAACUUUUCAAUUGUAGGGCAAAACCAAAACAUAUGAAUUAAAGAGGCAUCAGCAGAGUUGCAUUUAUUACAAAGUGGAAAAACAUUCGGGUAAAAACUGGAGAGCUUCUGUUUAGAAAUGUAAGCUCAAUGAACCACUUUGAAUUGUAGAAGAGAAGGACGAGCACAGAAAGAUGAUUUAUUAACUUGUUUAAGAAUUUUAUUCCAUCUAUCAUCAGAAAUCUGACAAUUUAGGUCAUCCUCCCAAGCUUUUUUUAUUUUAUCUAAAAAGUCUUGUCUAGAUUCAAUCAACAAGUUGUAGAUACUGGCAAUAGAACCAUUAACAAAAUGUUUUAAAUUUAAAAGAUCAUCCAGUAAAUUUUUAUCAGGACCUAUAGGAAAAGUAGCUAAUUGGAAACAUAGAAAAUCUCUAAUUUGAAGAUAUCUGUAAAAAUGUGAUUUUGGGAGUGCAAAUUUAUUUGACAAUUGGUCAAAUGAAGCAAGAGAUCCUGAGAUAAACAGGUCCCAAAAACACUUAAUACCUAAUUCAUCCCAAUCCUUAAAGACUUUAUCAGUCAUGGAAAGGAUAAAAACAUAAUUAAGGAGAAUGGGAGAUGAUAAUGAAAAAUUCGCUAAACCAAAAAAUUUUCUAAGUUGAGACCAGAUCCUUAAAGUUUGCUUAACAAUUAUGUUAACUGUUGUUUUAUUUGCUGAAAAAGAAGAGUAUGAUCCAAGAAGAGAGACAAUAGAGGAAUUUUUUACAGAAUUAACUUCUAAGGAGACCCAUGAUGAGCAAUCUUUACGAUAAAUAUAAUAGGACCAGAAAGUAAUAUUCCUUAUAGCCCAAUAGUAAAACCUAAAAUUGAGUAGGACUAGUCCACCCAUCUCUUUAUUUCUUUGUAAGUAAACUUUACUUAAACAAGCUUGUUUAUUAUUCCAAAUAUAAGAGGUUAAAAUUGAAUCUAAAGAAUCAAAGUAUGUCUUAGGAAUAAAAAUAAGUAAGGCCUGAAAAAAAUAUUAAAAUUUAGGAAGAAUCUUCAUUUUAAUCAAAUUAAUUCGGCCAAUUAGGGAUAAAGAAAGAGGGGACCAUUUAGAAAGUGUAUUUUUCACAUAAUUCAAUAAGGGGUUUAAGUUUUCUUUGAAUAAAUUCUUAAGUUUUUAGUAAUUGUUACACCUAGAUAUGUAAAUUGACUUGUAACAACCUUGAAUGGAAAUUGAUAUUAGGUCAUUUAAAGGAAAUAACUCACUUUUAUGUAGGUUCAGCUUAUAUCCUGAAAAAGAACUAAACUGGGAGAUUAAAGAAAGAACCAAAAGUAAAGAAGUUUCAGUGUUAGAGAUAUAAAGUAAAAUAUCAUCAGCGUAUAAUGAAAUUUUAUGAGACAUACCUUCCCUUAGUAUAUCAGAAAUGUCCUUAGAUUCUCGAAGUGCUAUUGCUAAGGGUUCUAUAGCUAAAGCAAAAAGUAAAGGACUAAGAGGACAUCCUUGUCUAGUUCCCCGCUGUAAUUUAAAGGGCUUAGAAAUUUGGGAGUUAGUAAUAACCUGAGCGGUAGGAGACAAGUAGAUUAAUUUAACCCAAAAAAUAAAAUUAGGCCCAAAAUUAAACUUUUCUAAGGUCUUAAAAAGAUAAUUCCACUCAAUCCUAUCAAAGGCUUUUUCUGCAUCUAAGGAUAAUAUACACUCUGAUUUUUUUUGGAUGGUGAAUAUAUCACAUUCAAUAACCAACGUAUAUUAAAAUGUGAGUAACACUUCUUAAUAAAUCCUGUCUGGUCAUGUGAUAUAAUAGAUGCUAAAAUAUUUUCAAGUCUUCAAGCUAAGAUUUUGGAUAAAAAUUUUGCAUCAACAUUUAAUAAAGAAUUUGGUCUGUAUGAAGAACAUUCAGCUGGAUUUUUAUUUUUUUUAAGAACAAGAGAAAUAAAAGCUUCAUAAAAAGAUUGAGGGAGUUUACCUGAUUUAAAGGACUCUGAUAAAACAGGAUAAAUAAGGUAUAAGUAACAAAAUGAAAGUUUUAUAAAACUGCCCAGGAAAACAAUCAGGUCCUGGGGUCUUACCAGAAUGUAAAGCAUGUAUAGUCUCAGCCACUUCUUCAUUGGAAAUAGGCUGAUCUAACUGUGUUAGACUAUCAGCAGACAAUGUAGGAAUGUUGAUAUUACUGAAAAAAACAUUCAUAUAGGUACCAUCUGAAGAAGAGUCAGACUGAUACAACUUAAGUUAAAAGUCUUUAAAUACAUUGUUAAUUUCAGAAUGGUCGGAUGUCUUAGUUCCAUUAUCUUUAAAAAUUUCUGUGAUUUGAUGAUUAACUGUAAAAGAUUUUAAGCAAUUGGCUAAUAAACUACCAGUUCUAUCCCCGUGAAUGUAAAAUUGAG